AUGCGCUAUACAUUGUCUCUCGCAGCGGCGCUGCUGCCAUGCGCAAUCCAGGCCCAGCAAACCCUGUACGGACAAUGUGGUGGUCAGGGCUAUUCCGGACUCACCAGCUGCGUGGCAGGAGCAACAUGCUCCACCGUGAAUGAAUACUACGCUCAGUGUACGCCAGCAGCAGGCGCCACCUCUACCACCUUGAAGACGACUACUACCACUGCUGGGGCGACCACGACGUCUACUACCAAGAGCUCUGCUUCUCAGACGUCUACUACCAAGACCUCUACCGGCACCGUCUCGACGACCACGGCUACUACCACGGCCAGCGCGAGUGGCAACCCGUUCAGUGGGUACCAGCUCUACGUGAACCCUUACUACUCCUCCGAAGUGGCGUCGCUGGCCAUUCCAUCUCUCACUGGGACACUUUCCUCGCUCCAGGCAGCGGCCACAGCCGCGGCCAAGGUGCCUUCUUUCGUCUGGCUGGAUGUGGCCGCCAAGGUGCCGACGAUGGCCACCUACCUGGCCGACAUCAAAGCCCAGAAUGCCGCUGGAGCCAAUCCCCCGAUCGCGGGCCAAUUUGUGGUGUACGACCUCCCUGACCGUGACUGCGCCGCUCUGGCCAGUAACGGCGAGUACUCCAUUGCCAACAACGGUGUGGCCAACUACAAGGCCUACAUCGACUCCAUCCGCAAGGUCCUCGUGCAGUAUUCCGAUGUGCACACCAUUCUGGUGAUUGAGCCCGACAGUCUCGCCAACCUGGUGACCAACCUCAACGUGGCCAAAUGUGCCAACGCCCAGAGCGCCUACCUCGAAUGCACCAACUAUGCCUUGGAGCAGCUGAACCUCCCCAACGUGGCCAUGUAUCUUGAUGCUGGACACGCCGGCUGGCUCGGCUGGCCCGCAAACCAGCAACCGGCCGCCAACCUGUACGCGAGCGUCUACAAGAACGCCAGCUCCCCCGCCGCCGUGCGCGGCCUGGCCACCAACGUCGCCAACUACAACGCCUUCACCAUCUCUUCCUGCCCUUCCUACACCCAGGGCAACAGCGUCUGCGACGAGCAGCAGUACAUCAAAGCGAUUGCCCCGCUUCUCUCCGCCCAGGGUUUUGACGCCCACUUCAUCGUCGACACCGGCCGCAACGGUAAACAGCCGACCGGCCAACAGGCCUGGGGCGACUGGUGCAACGUCAUCAACACCGGGUUCGGCGUGCGCCCGACCACCAACACGGGCGAUGCGCUCGUCGACGCCUUCGUCUGGGUCAAGCCCGGCGGCGAGAGCGACGGCACCUCCGAUAGCUCGGCGACCCGCUACGACGCCCACUGCGGAUAUAGUGAUGCCUUGCAGCCGGCGCCGGAGGCGGGCACCUGGUUCCAGGCCUACUUCGUGCAGCUGCUCACGAACGCCAAUCCGGCUUUCUAGGACUGAGAGGGAGGGCACUGGAUGGUUGGAUGAGUCGGGGACAGCAUCGCGGAGUCCACGCCG